AUGGAUUAUGAGAAUGGAUGCAUGGGGUUGGGGUGGGUGGUUCGGGAUCAUGAAGGGGAGGUUCAGGGGGUGCCAAUGCGGAAGGUUGUGGGACUUUAUUCAGUUCCGGAGGCUGAAGCGAUGGGAGCCCGUGAGCCGUUAAGUUGGAUUAAGAGGAAAGGGUGGGAGUGGGUCAUCAUUGAGUCUGAUGCGCAGUUGGUGACAAGGGCGGUGGAUGGUGGUGAGUUAAAUACUCCCUUUGGCGUGUUAGUUCGGGAUGUCCGGGCUCUUCUGAAUCAGUUUGAGUCGGCUACUUUCAGAUUUGUGCGUCGAGGUGGUAAUAUGGUCGCUCAUGAGUUGGCAAGAAGAUCCUUACGCCUGGGGAAUACUGAUCUUGUUGAAUUUUUUGAUUAUAUGCCUCGUUUUAUAUCUGCUGUGGUCUGUAAGGAUUUUAUGAAUUAA